UGGGAGGGAUGAAAUAAAAGUGCUGGUGGAGGUUAGUGAGUUUCAAGUGCAGUGAUACGCCCAAGGUACCCUCGCCGCAGUCGGCUUUACGUGCAGCGCUGCACCUCUCCAAACAUGGGCCCUUUGCGUGGACUGCGGUCCGCAGGACCCACGCGCACGCAGGGGAGGGCCUCUAGUAUUCACUCCUCGGCCCUGAGGCGGUGUCUCCGCCACAAGGGGACCUCCGCGGAGUAGCUGGGGAAGCCGGGAAACGCGUGAAGAGGCGGGCCUAAAGCAACACCCCCGCCCGGGGGCGCCGCGAGCCGCCAAACGCUACCCGGCCCGGCCCACGGUGGUCUUCGGUGCACGCCGCUGCGGAGACUGACGGGUUGACAGUGUGCGAACUUGGAGCAACCGGCUGGAUGUGAGCCCCGGGACAGAAUGGUGCUGGACUCAGGGGCUCAGGUGUAUGAGCGGGCACCUCCUACCCCUCCUGCCAGUCCCCUGUCCUUGCACCGUAGGCUGAAGCCCUCAGACCGAGAUGGGCCACGGCUGUACCCCUGGCCUCAGUCCCUGGCUGUGCCCCUGGCUCUGGAAGUCCCCUCAGUGCUGCAACUCCAGCCUGAACAGCGGCCUUUCUCAAAGCUGCACUUGGGCCACCGUGGCCAUAUGCGUCGUAGUGAGAGCACCUACUCUGUAAAUAAUCCUGGUCAGCGGGGGCGUGGCAGCCAGGGGCGUGCCCCACCUGGACGGGGACGGGACCCAGGUGGUGGCACCUUGCGGUCUGCAGCUUCCCUGCCUCACAUUGCUAAGACUCGAAGGAAUGUAGGCAAUGGAAUUGGCAAGAGCCCCUGUAUGUUGGUGGCCCUGAGGCCAACCAACAUGGACUGUGAACGGGAAAAGUUCUUCCAGUCCCAUUAUACCUACAAUCCACAGUUUGAGUACCAGGAGCCCAUGCCUACAACUGUGCUGGAGAAGUACUGUGAGGCCUCUGGACAGUUCAUCCAUCAGGCAGUUGGCAUCAUUGAGGCUGUCCUGGAGAAGUUUGGUACCUAUGAACGCUUUGAGGCUGCCACUGGAGGCCAGCUGCUGACCAAGUGCCAGAUUUGGUCCAUUGUGCGCAAAUACAUGCAGAAGGAGGGCUGCGUUGGGGAGAUUGUGGUGCAGCUGAGUGAGGACCUGCUGUCCCAGGCAGUGAUGAUGGUGGAAAACAGCCGACCUACACUGGCCAUCAACCUGACGGGAGCCCGCCAGUACUGGCUGGAGGGCAUGCUGCGGCAUGAGAUAGGCACCCACUACCUGAGGGGAGUGAAUAAUGCACAACAGCCUUGGCACAGUGCUGAGGGCCGGCUGCAGUAUGGGCUACGACCAGCCAACCCCACUGAGGAGGGUCUGGCCAGCCUGCACAGCGUGCUGUUCCGCAAGCAGCCUUUCCUGUGGCGUGCAGCUCUGCUCUACUACACUAUUCACCAUGCCGCACACAUGUCCUUCUGCCAGCUCUUCCAAGACCUGGCACGCUAUGUGCAGGAUGCCAAUGUGCGCUGGGAGUACUGCGUGCGUGCCAAGCGUGGCCAGACUGACACCUCCAAACCAGGCUGUUUCAGCAAGGACCAGGUGUACCUGGAUGGCAUCGUGCGUAUUCUGCGGCACCGCCAAACCAUCGAUUUCCCACUGCUGACUUCGCUGGGCAAGGUCUCCUAUGAGGAUGUGGACCAUUUGCGGCCCUAUGGGGUUCUGGAUAAUACCCGUGUACCCCACUUCAUGCAGGACUUAGAACGCUACCAGCAGCAGCUGGAACACAUAAUGGCCACCAACCGUCUUGAUGAAGCAGAGCUGGGCCGCCUACUGCCUGACUGAUGUUGGUUAACAGCUAUAGGCAGAAGCUCUGGACAGAGGCCUCCAGGUCGGCCCCCAGAACAUGAAGCUGUCUGCUCUGUGCUGCCACAGCCUAGGUGUUUCUUGCGGGUAUGGGAGGCCAGGAGCAUCCUGGGAGGCCAACAGCAAUAUCAGAAGGUUUUUGUCCCUUGCUAGUGUUCCUGAGGCCUGUGGACCAGCAACAGCAUGUCAGGCAAAGUGUUGAAGAGGGGAGGCCUGGGAACAAGAGCAAUGAGUAUUGAUGGGGAUUUGGGGUGGUUUGGGAGUAGAAACUUGUUCUUGCAUGAGAUGGUUUUGGGUAUUCAGUGCUCCAGUCCUUCCUGUCCUCCACCUGGCCCUUGGUGCUCCUUCAGCAUUCAUGCUGUCUACCUCUCACUGGGUCCUGGUGGUGGUUGGGAUCCCCUCUGGGGUGAUUGCUUGAGCUUGAGGUCCUAGCUUUCAUACAGACUCAAAGGGUAGGGGUCCAUGAAGUAGAGACCCAGCUGGGCUGGGGUUUGCUUUCCCGUAUUUUGCCUCUCUCUGGUUAUGUAUUUAAACAUGUAUUUAUACAUACCUAUGUGUUCUACUUCAUGGGGCUGGGAGGCAGUGGCUCCUGAAGAUUAAACAGAGGGACAGGACAGAAAGUAGCAGUUGUUCCUAGCCCCACUCAUUUUAUACACACACACACACACACACACACACACACAGCUUCAGGCCUUGUGAGUCCAGCGCAAGAGCUCACCUGAGGCCCCACCUCCACUCUGCCCCUGGUUCUGCUGUUCUUGUCUUUGCCCAGACCCUCAUAGCUGGGCUGUGGCAUAGGCUGGCUUAGCCUGGGAGUAGUCCUGAUCAAGCCUGAAGGGCAGGCCCUAGGGUUUGUGGUCCCAGCCCUGAGCCUCUCCUGGACAGGGAAAGGUCCAGACCUGAUUGUUGCUUCUAGUUUCACUUCAGAGUCAGCUGUGUGCAGUUGACUCAGUCCUUUUCCCUCCCUGGGCCUUAAUUUUCCCAUCUGUAAGACUCAGAAAAGCAGCAGGGAAGUUCUCAUUCAUUUAGUCCAUGUAUAUGUAUAGAGCGCCUUGUGUGUACCAACUUCUGGUUAGAACCCUUACUGAGCUUCCAGUUCAGAGAGAAGCCAUCCAAUUAAAAGAACCACCACAAA